ACUUCUGCGUAAACAUUUACGGUGCAUUCAGAAAAUUCAAAUAAUUCGAUUUUCUUGAUUUCCCUUGUUGAAAAGAUACAGUAGCUGCUAUAGAGAUUUCUAUCUGAUUGUACAGCAUUUAAUGCUGAUUUGUGCUAAUAAAGGUCUAGUUUGUAAGGGACAGCCUGGGAACUUCGGCAACUGCCCGUGUCCGCGAUAGUGAUAUAUGAGCCAGUGAGGGACCUACGUGUGCUUAUCUCUCCUCUAGGAAUUCCACUCCCGCACGAUAACGCGUCUUUGCCUUGUAGUUGUAGACCAUAUCGCAGUUCAUAAUUUAGAUGUGAUCUCUUCGUUUUUCGUUAAAGCAGGACGAUUCGAGCUAGUAGGAAUCGAGAAGGAAUCAGUUUUUGCCUGGUGUGCAUCCCAAUCGUGUGGAAAUGGGUAGUCCACCCGUGUCAGAAGACGGCCUCUUCGUGGCGUCCAGCUUCGUGCACGCUCUCCUGCUGGUGGUAUCCACGUUCCAUUUUGGCUUCGCACACGGCAGCUUCCCCGCCGUGCUCCCCUUCCGCUACGACAAGCACAAGCACAUCGUGCUCUCCUUCCGUCUGGCCUUUGCUCUUUGGCUGGCCCUCGUGCCACUGAUUGAGUUAUUCUAUCAGUUCCGUUGGCAUAUGUGGCCCGAUAUCUACCAGACAUUGUUCUACACGGAGAAGGUCCUCACCAUUCUGGCAUGGACAGCCAAUCUUAUCAGUACCUUGUUCUUGGCGAAAACGAACAAAUGGGAGGAUUUCCAUCCUCUUGACCAUUUGCUUCAAGUGUUGUCUUGGAUUUUCGUAAUGGUAAUCCAGUCAUUGCGAACUGCGGAGUACGCCUCGGCCGCCAUGCCUUCCUUAACCGAGCAGUACACCAGCGUAAUCGUGGUCACGCUAGGCGCCCUGUAUGGCGUGACGGUGAUCGCAUUCGUCGUAGUCGAUCUCUUGAGAGUGAAAGGCCUUUGUUUGCCCCGCCAGGAUGUCAGUAUCGAACCUGUCGAAGUAGCGAAUCCUAUUGCCUCCUCAGCAUGAGUUUUGUUUGCCAUAUAUUAAUAGGCUCGCUAAUGUUUCCUUAUCUUGAUUUUUUUAGUUUGAAGUUUUAUAUUAUGGUUUGGGAAAUUAGCUGCUAGAUUUCGCUUUGCCUUUGCCAGUUGAAGUGUGGUUAAUUGGAUCGUUUUUGUUGCUGCUCAAUCCAAGCCUGAGAUAUGAUGAUUGUUAAUAAUUAUUGACACUUUUGAUUUUUUUAAUCAAAGUCCUCAGUAGUAUUCACUCCAUGUUUUUGUGAUAAAUUCUCGUUGUAUUGGGGCUUAGAGACUGUAUGUACAUUCUGCCAUUUUAUUUGUACUACCUUUGGCUUGGUAUACUAUUAAAUUUGUAGAUCAGAAUGAAA